CGUCCCUUCCCUCCCCUCCCCUCCCCUUUGGGUUUAUCGGGACCGGAAGCGAAGAUGGCGGCGGCGGCGGCCGAGCUGGUGAUCGGCUGGUGCAUCUUCGGCCUCUCGCUCCUGGCUAUUUUGGCCUUUUGCUGGGUCUACGUUCGUAAAUACCAGAGUCAGCGGGAAAGUGAGGUGGUUUCCACUGUGACAGCCAUUUUCUCACUGGCCGUCGCACUUAUCACAUCAGCGCUGCUGCCGGUGGAUAUAUUUUUGGUUUCUUACAUGAAAAAUCAAAAUGGCACAUUCAAGGACUGGGCUAAUGCCAAUGUCACGGUGCAGAUUGAGAACACCGUUCUGUAUGGCUACUAUACUCUGUAUUCUGUAAUUCUGUUCUGUGUGUUCUUCUGGAUCCCUUUUGUUUACUUCUACUACGAAGAGAAGGAUGACGACGACGCCAGCAAAUGCACCCAAAUUAAAACGGCGCUUAAGUACACUUUGGGAUUUGUUGUGAUCUGCGCACUGCUGCUUCUUGUUGGUGCCUUUGUGCCGCUGAAUCUGCCCAACAACAACAAUUCUACAGAAUGGGAGAAGGUGAAACUCCUGUUUGAAGAUCUUGGAACUGGUCAAGGUCUGGCCGCUCUGUCGUUUUCCAUCAGCUCUCUGACCUUGAUUGGGAUGCUGGCAGCCAUAACCUACACAGCCUACGGCAUGUCGGCGUUACCUCUGAACCUGAUAAAGGGCACCAGGAGCACUGCCUACGAGCGCCUGGAGAACACUGAGGACAUCGAGGAAGUGGAGCAGCACAUCCAGACAAUCCGGUCCAAGAGCAAAGAUGGCCGACCUUUAUCAGCGAGGGAUAGACGUGCCUUAAAGCAAUGUGAAGAGAGAUUAAGAACGCUUAGGAAAAGAGAGCGACACUUGGAAUUUAUUGAAAACAGCUGGUGGACGAAAUUUUGUGGUGCCCUGCGCCCCCUGAAGAUUAUUUGGGGAAUAUUUUUCAUCCUGGUUGCAUUGCUGUUUGUAAUUUCUCUCUUCCUGUCAAAUUUGGAUAAAGCUCUUCACUCAGCGGGAAUAGACUCGGGUUUCAUCAUCUUCGGAACUAACCUGAGCAACCCACUGAAUAUGCUUUUGCCUUUGCUACAAACAGUGUUCCCUCUUGAUUACAUUCUUAUAACGAUUAUUAUUAUGUACUUUAUUUUUACUUCGAUGGCAGGAAUUCGAAAUAUUGGCAUAUGGUUCUUUUGGAUUCGAUUAUAUAAAAUCAGAAGAGGGCGAACCAGGCCCCAGGCGCUCCUGUUCCUCUGCAUGAUCCUUCUGCUCAUUGUCCUUCACACCAGCUAUAUGAUCUACAGCCUCGCUCCGCAGUACGUGAUGUACGGAAGCCAGAACUACUUGAUAGAGAGCAAUAUCACUUCUGAUGCCCAUAAAGGCAAUUCAACCCUCGCUGUGCCAAAAAGAUGUGAUGCAGAUGCCCCUAAAGAUCAGUGUACUGUUACCCGAACAUACGUUUUCCUCCACAAAUUCUGGUUCUUCAGUGCUGCAUACUAUUUUGGUAACUGGGCCUUUCUUGUGGUGUUCUUGAUCGGAUUAAUUGUAUCCUGCUGUAAAGGGAAGAAGUCAGUCAUAGAAGGAGUGGAUGACGAUUCGGACUUAAGUGAUGAUGAGCCGUCCACCUACUCCGCGUGAACAGCUUCUGUCCUAAGGGCUUAAUGAAGCUAGCUGAAUACCUGUUAGAGGUUUUCAAAGGUUUAAAGUAACAUUAAAAUGAACUGUCUAGCUUUCAUCAGAAGUGAGAGCAUGGCCAUUAAAAAGAACUAUAUUUUUUAUGUUUCCUGAAGUAACAUUAUUGUAUCAUAGAUUAACAUUUGAAAUUGCUAUAAUACUGUGUAAAUACAAAAGUUUCCAUGUUUGUGAGGGAAUGUUUGUGGAAAUUUUUCUUUAUUGUAUAAUAGUGUUAAAUUUAUUAAAAUCUUACAGAAUAUACAUUCCCUUUGUUGCUUUUUAAAAACACAAGAAGUCACUUUGUCUUGUGCCUUAGGGUCUCUGGAAUAAUGUGAAGCUUUUAAGUAUCUUCCUCUGAUUGGCUAAACAGUGUCGCAGUAUUGCUUAUGGAUAAGCAUAACUCACGGGCAGCUUGCUUUCAAUUUUGUCCAUAAAAUUAUGAGUCUAACUCAAGUAGAGUUUAUGAAACAUUGUUAAGCUGCUUAAGACUGUGGUAUUCUAAGAUGUGUUCCAAGUUUCAGUGUUCAAAUCUUAAUCCAUGGAGUGUUGCUAUGUCCACAAGAAUAUACUGGUCAAUGUAGAUAUGAUUUGUUUUCGAGAAGACUUUGAAACUUGGAUUAUCAUAAAUGGAAAUAUCAAGAGCAAUGAAUGCGGAAGGUUGAGUUUACUAAGUGUUGUAAGAUAUGUAAUGUCAUACUUAGCUGCAUUUCAUGGAAACCUGUGAAAGAAAAUGAAAGUUGUGUUAUUCACAAGUUUUCCAACUGUGUUCUGGGCGGUGAAAAUAAACUAAAAUUUGCUAAUGUCAA